ACAGUGGGAGUAGAUUGAGAAGGUGAGGAUGGCUUGCCGUGGCCUCUCCUCGCCAUUUCAUGCCUAUGCCUAUUCUAAUAAUAAAAAGCAUCAUCGGCAUUCCUUACCAAAGCAGAUUCAAUCUCCUAUCAAUAGAAAUCUACUCUCUCUGCAAUCGUCUCCUGGAAUUCCAUCAGCAGUAGUCAUCACCAGAGCUGCAGCUUCAACUGCCAUGGACUCCGAUGAAAGAAGAGCAGAAACUAUCUCUGAAAACCCUCCAAUGAAGCUUCUGUUCGUCGAGAUGGGCGUUGGAUAUGAUCAGCACGGGCAAGAUAUUACAGCUGCGGCGAUGCGCGCGUGCAAGGAUGCUAUUUCUUCCAAUUCGAUUCCAGCUUUCAGAAGCGGGGCAAUUCCUGGUGUUAAUACCGAUCAGAUGAAGCUUCAGAUAAAGCUCGGAGUCCCUCGAUCUACCCAACAAUUUCUGGACAUCGAGAAAGUCAAAUCUGUCUUCCCUUACGGUAAAAUUGUGAGUUUUGAAGUUGUAGAUGGUGGAUUAAUUUGCUCAAGUGGCGUCUAUCUAGAAGCAAUGGGUGACAAAAAUGAUGAUUGCUAUGUUGUCAACGCUGCAGUUUAUGUUGGUUAUUAGCACUUUUUGUUUUGGGAAUUGAUCUUCACUUCCCAGAAGUCGGUCGUUGCAUCAAAUGGACACAUCAGCAUUUUUAAUUGGCCUAGAGACAUGCUUAACCACACCAAAGAGAUGCCAACCUGGACAUGGGCAGCUCCUCACCUUGCCACAACAUCGACUCCUCUCUUCUCCAUUAGAUGACAUAUACCUGAUAAGGGCUUUAUAGUCUACACAAUGCAAGUUAAAACAGCCUUGAUUUUUUAUUAUUUUUUUCCUUGAAGAACAAAUCAAUAACAAAACCUUCCUGUUGACAAUCAGUAACUAAUUCAAUCCAGAGUUCCGUGAAACUGCACUUCAAUUCAACACAGGUAGCUCCUGCCUUCUGCCCCGUUUUACGGUAGAAGUGAAUUCAUAUGUGUUCAAGGCCAACCUGAACCUUUUUCAAAUGACUAACCCAGGGACUCGAUCCUGCCAAUCUCUUUGCACACGAUAUUAUGCUCUAUUCCCUCGGGUACGAUGGGUUUUUUGCCUUCCAAUGCAUCCUUAGGCACGUGAAGUACUUUACAACUCAAAAUGAGUAAGAGAUAAUAAAUUUGAAAAUAGAUUGCACCUACCAUUAUAUUGGAAAAGCUGUGCCAUUUUUCUAAAGGUUAUUUGGUGACGAUUCAUCCUUCUCCAUUGUCGUCAAAGGACGAGUUCUGCAUAUAGGAGCUGGUUCCAUAUGUCAGGAACCCCGGCGAGGCACCAAUGGCUACAGUCCAUGCCCGUGUGUUCCCCGCUG